AUGGGAGGAGGAAGAAAGAAUUUGAAAAGGGCAAUUGAGGAAGACAAUUUUAGCCUUGAAAAGGGUCAAAGCAUAAUGCAGGUUGUUGACCUUAGAGGUUCCAACCUUAUUCAAGUAAUGGAUGCCAAAGGUGAGCAUUCAUUAGCAAUAUUUCCAGCUAAAUUCCAGAAGAGCAUGUGGAUUAAACGAGGAAACUUUGUUGUGGUUGAUGAGAGCGGGCGAGAGGAAGCUGUUGAAUCAGGCAGAAAAGUGGGAUGUGUUGUUACAAAAGUCCUUUAUUAUGAACAAGUUCGCGUGCUUCAAAAGUCUCCAGAAUGGCCAGAGAUCUUCAAAUCCAUAGCAGUAGAGAGUUCAAAGCAAGAUCUACUAUCACACAGUCACCAAAUCGCAGAGAAUGAAGAUUCAAGUGAUGAUGGUGAUGGGCUUCCUCCUUUAGAAGCCAAUACAAAUAGAUUAAAUCCUUUUCAACCGGAGUCCGAGACAGAAUCUGAUUCAGAUACUGAUUCUUGAUCAUGGCACCAUA